UGGCUUCGCCGGUAGCGCCCAGGUGUACCUCGCCCUCCAGGUGUACCUCGAAGUCUCCAGCAUGGCAUUUCUGACGGGCCUGGUGCGACAGGCCGAAGCCGACGACUCCAAAUCCGCGCUCAUGGCCAUCGGCCAGAUCGAAAGUCGCCACAAUGCCUGGUCGUUGAUCGAUAUCUACGACGUCACCCCCUUCUCCGGCCCCUCCGAUACGAUAUACCCCUACCCGAACCACAUUCUGGAGUUGACCAACACCUUCGUGGUCAAUGGGUCGUGUCCGAGUGUCAACCCGGUGUAUCCAAACCCACGUCCGCAACUGCCCACGACCAACUAUGUGAAAAACGGGACGACGGCGACACCCGGAGCCAAGCUUCCGCUGGUUUUCGAGUUCAGUUUGACCCCCGCGACUCAUAUUCCUUGGUUUGAGGAGAAGGAUUACUGGGCGGUGUUCUAUCAUGGAGUGAAUCGGGUCAGUGUCCCGUUUAACCCGAAGACCAACACAACCGUGAUUCCCGCGAACUUUGAUGUGCGGGCUGGCCUGAUCAUCAUCGUGAUUGCGGAUGAGUACGACGCACCCACCGAGGAGAGUGUCGUGAGCUUGCCAUUGAUCUUGAUCGAGCAGCCAUCCGCGUUGACUUUGGACUUUGGCGAAGUAUAGUCUUGUUUUGUCUUUGAUGUGGAGAUAGCACUCGUGCUCUUGAUAGAUUGAAUCAAUUCUUAUCCAGGUUGUCUCCUACACCGUAUUUCGUAAUGCAUCUUGUGCGAGGUGCAAAUUACUGGCACAGACCAUAUCGACUUUUGUCAUAUCCACCCGGAAAAUAG